AUGACUAGACAAUUCUUUGUUGGAGGUAACUUCAAAAUGAAUGGUUCCGAAAAGGCCAUAACCACUAUUGUGGAUAAUUUGAAUAAGGCAGAUUUGCCAAAGAACGUUGAAGUUGUUCUUUGUCCACCUUACCCAUACCUUGCUCAGGUUGUUGCUCAAAACAAGCAGUCUACUGUUAAGGUUGGUGCUCAGAACUGUUACUGCAAGGCCUCUGGUGCUUACACUGGUGAGGUUUCUCCAGAUUUCUUGAAGGACCUCGGCGUUGAUUUCGUCAUUCUUGGUCACUCUGAGAGAAGAACCAUUUUCCACGAAUCUGACGAGCUUGUUGCUGACAAAGUUAAAUUUGCAUUGGAGAAAGGUUUGAAGGUUAUGCUCUGUAUUGGUGAAACUAUUGAUGAGAAGAAGGCUGGUAAGACUUUAUCUGUUUGUCAGAGAGAAUUGAAGGCCGUUGUUCAAAAGGUUAAGGACUGGUCCAACAUUGUUGUUGCUUAUGAGCCAAUCUGGGCCAUUGGUACUGGUUUAACUGCCAAGGCUGAAGAUGCCGAGGAGAUUCACGCUGACAUCAGAAAGUACUUGUCUACCGUCAUCGGUAAGCAGGCUGAAUCCGUUAGAAUCUUAUACGGUGGUUCUGCAAACGGAAGUAAUGCUCCAACCUUCAAAGGCAAGACCAACGUUGAUGGUUUCUUAGUCGGCGGUGCUUCUUUGAAGCCAGAGUUUGCUGAUAUCAUUAAGUCAAGACAGUAA